UCUGUUUGCCUUCUCACUCUCCCUCCCUGUAUCUCUCUCUAAGAAUCUGCUCUUUAUUUUCUUCUUCUCUUUUGCGAAUUCAUCAUCAAGCUCCAUCAUUCACACACGCAAUGUUGCGAAAACCUUUCCAUGCUUGGAGGAUCAAGCAAGAAAUCCAGAAAUUGACAGCCGUUCGCACGCCUCCAGUCCGUGAAUCACCCGGCUCGCCCACUCGCCCCACUCCACUCACCUCGCUCUCUCCUCUCCCGCCUCUCUUCUUCUACUGCCAAAACUUCCCACCCACGUCUCACUUUCGUUUUACCCACCAAAGUCUCUCCACCUCUGCGGCUUACUACUACUCUCGUGCGCCAGAGCCCGAGCCCGAGCCCAUUACCCACCUCGAGGAUCCGAUUCUCGGCGAGGGAUUCUGUCGCGGGAGGACGCCACCUGAGGAACGCGUGUCGAUCUUCACGUGCCUGGGUGAGUACGGCAAGUGCUCCGUGUUCUGUUUCUGGACCAAACAUAACUCUCUGGAAUUGUCUAGAGAAGAAGCCAUGGUGUUCAAUUACGCGGGACCAAAUGUAAUUGAGGGUUUUAUUGAUGCUAAAUGAUGGGUUUUCCUGUUUUGUGCAUUGUUUUAUGCUUGAGAACGAACGCUGGGUUUCUGUUUGAGUGCAGGUGGCAUCUUUGGAGCUAUUGCCGUGCCAUCUGGGAAUGAUUGAAUGGCAGAAGCGGAAUCCGAAGGUUCUUAAUAGGCUUGAGGUAUAUCCCAGAGAUGUGUAUGAUGCAGCGAUGGAAGAACUAAAGAAGUAUCACAGAAAGCCUGCCAAGAAACCAGUUGGUAAUAAGCUUGAUGUCAUCAGACGUCGGUUUCGUGUGGCAUAUGAAGAAGCAAUGAAGUAUGGAGUCGGGGCUAUGAUGAAUAGUCGUUUCCCAGUAUUAGUUGCCCUGUGUGAUGGAAGGCCACUCGAGGAAAAGAUAGCUUUUAUGAGAGCAACGAUUGAGUAUAAUAAUUGUCCUCUUCGGAUUGGUCUUCGGAGAGAACGGUUCUGUCAGGCAAGAUCCUCUCGUCUGUGGCGUCUUUGCGUGUUGCAGUUGCUGAUGUGGAUCCAAUCUGGUGCUUACUUUGGAUGGAAGAAAUGAAAUGGGACAAUUCUGUCGGAUAACCUUUGGGGAUGGUCAAGGUAGGCAUAAU